GACCUACCUACCUGAACGUCUGUUCCGUCAAUAUCCCAAAAAUCAAUCAGAAGUGACCCAAAAUCAACAGGAAGUGACCUGUAAAUGCCCCAUAAUUAACAGGAAGUGACACACAGUAGUUUUUAGACUAGGAGAGCAAAGCAUCCCCACAAAAUUUCUCUGUAGUUCUUACUGGCCCUCGCAGUUACGCCAUCAACAUGGAUGUCCCAAGUUUCUCAUCUGAAAGGCUUCCGCUGUGAUCUCAUUUCGCGAGAGGGGAGAAAAGUUGACGCGUAAAGGACAUUAGCACGACCUCCAGAGUCUGCGGCAGUUUGAAAAAUACAUGAAGAUCGUGUAUGCGUGAACGCACAUGCUCAGAAACGCUCCUCUCGUCCAGAAUGUUAGCGUUUUAGCAUGCGAAAUGCUAAUAUAUGUCGUUUCACUUCUGUGGUUCUAUUUUCCUCUCUUGCAGGAAGACAUCUUUUUACCAAGGACACAUUCUGAACUAAGGCCAACAUCAGAGUGGGAACCGGCAAAAUGAAGAGAUGCAAAGUGAAAAGGCAGAAAAUUGUCUUUUUCUGAACAUGGCAGAACUUUGAGAUAAAGCAAGAACAGGACCGGAUUUUUCCCAUCUAUGGCGACAGAUUAUCUUGUGGGCGUCCAGUCUUUUAAGUCGAGGCCCGACGGGUUGUAGCGCUUGUCGUUUCUUUCCCAGAUGCAGAACAUCUUGGACCAAAAUUUAGACAUGGCGACCGCUCUACUAGCCGGCGAGAAGCUGAAGGAGCUCAUCCUGCCCGGUUCCUCGCAAGAUGAACGGGGCGGCGCCUUGGCUAGCCUGAUGGUGCAGCUCAAGCUGGAGCUGCCGUUUGAUCGCGUGGUUACCAUAGGAACGGUGAUCAUCCCGAUCCUGUUGGUCACGCUCGUCUUUACCAGGAAUUUUGCAGAGGAAUCCAUCUACUGCUACACUCCCCACAACUUCACCCGAGACCAGGCGCUUUACGCGAGAGGCUACUGCUGGACGGAGCUGCGCGACGCCGCGGUCGGCGUGGAGCCUCACCUCUGGCCUUCGCUCUUCGAGCACAAAUUUCUACCUUACGCCCUGCUGGCCUUCGCCGGCAUCAUGUACAUCCCCGCUCUGGGCUGGGAAUUCCUAGCCUCCACCCGCCUGACCUCGGAGCUGAAUUUCCUGCUCCAAGAGAUCGAUAACUGCUACCACCGAGCCGCCGAGGGCCGGGCGCCUAAAAUCGAGAAGCAGAUCCAAUCCAAAGGACCCGGCAUCACCGAGCGAGAGCGGAGAGAAAUCAUCGAGAACGCGGAGAAAGAGAAGAGCCCCGAGCAAAAUCUUUUCGAGAAGUACUUAGAAAGACGAGGUCAGAGUAACUUUUUAGCUAAAAUAUACCUGGCGCGCCACUUAGCCAUCAUCUGCCUCAGUUCCAUCCCUAUUUCUUACCUGAGCGCUUACUACGCCCGGCAAAGACAGAACGAAUUCACCUGCGCUCUGGGCGAGCCGCCGGAUAUUAGCAGCUAUUCCGAGUUGAAGAUUCGGGUGAAUUGUAAGCUCCCCGCUGUUCAGCUGCAGCGAAUCAUGGCGGCGGUGGAUAUCGCUCUUCUCUGCACCAUGAAUCUGAUUAUCCUGCUUAAUUUGCUGCAUUUAUUCGUGGUGCGCAAGUCCAACUUUGUAUUCGACAAGUUGCACAAAGUGGGGAUUAAGACGCGGAGGCGUUGGCAGAAGUCCCAGUUUUGCGAUAUUAACAUCUUGGCCAUGUUUUGCAAUGAAAACAGAGACCACAUCAAGUCCCUCAACAGGCUGGAUUUCAUCACCAACGAGAGCGACCUCAUGUACGAUAACGUGGUCCGGCAGCUCUUGGCCGCGCUGGCGCAGUCCAAUCACGACGCCACGCCCACCGUGAGGGACUCCGGGAUACAAACUAUUGAUCCCAACACGGAUCCGUCCGAUCUGGGAGUCGGGGAUAUGCCCACCGAGCCGUUGGUGAUCAAGCGACCGCGCAAGAAGAUUAAAUGGAUUCCGACUUCUAAUCCUCUUCCGCAGUCUUUUAAAGAACCUCUUACUCUGACACGUUUGGAAAAUAACACCAAGCCUGAAAAACCCAAACCGCUCAGACGUAAGACAGUGGCAGAUAGCUUCAUCGCACCACUUCUGGAUAGCAAGAGCACACAGUAUCCUGCAACUAAAGAUUUAAGCGGGAUGGAGAAAAAGCACACUCGCAACUUCUCUCUGGAUGUUCACCCGUACAUGCUGACCAUUCGGAAACCGAAGGUGGAGAUCACAACCGCGGAGCCUCUACCCUCGGAGCACAACAUGGAUGCUGUAUACCUCGAAGGCACACAUACUAUCGUUCAUGUUUCUAGCGCAUUGGCAGAGACGAAAGUUUGCUCUCCAGAAUCUACCACCACUGCCUUUUCAACGGUGACCCUGCCCACCAGCACAUACAUCAACGGCGGAAGCCCCAACCCAGCCUCCAGUGAGGACCCCCUUAGUCCCAAACCUUCUCCUCCUCAAGUCACACAGGAGGAAAAUGUCGAGUCUCAACCCCCGACCCUUACCCGAGCGCCGACGCACCAGCUGCUGAGCAUUCAUCAUACUCUGUUUGAGGAAGAAGAGGAUGAAGAAAACCGUCGAGACAGGUUGGCAGGACGUCCAGGGGAACUCAUUGCUGCAGGGGAAUGUUAAACCAAGUACAGAAAUUCGAACGGAUUUCCUCGACUUCAAACUGUUCUCGGCACACGUGACCACUUUGUCAAUCAUGUCUACUCAUGAAGUCACACACUUCUAUGUCGACUCGUUUAACCCUUUAUAGGGCAACUGACUAGUUUUGGUAAAUUGGUUGGCGUCCAUAUAGUUGGACAUCACAGGUAUCAUCAGGAUGCUAGUCAAUUAUAACUAGACCUCAGCUUAAGCGGCAGAGUUCAAAGCAUCACCAUAUUUCUGACCUCUGUGACCUUUCACCCUUACUCUCAUCACAUCACCUACCCCGCAAAUUUGACUUAAAUAGGCUAAUCCAUUAUCAAGUUAUUGCCAAAUUCUGUGUCUGAACUCUGUGACCUUUGACCCUUGCUCUGAUCAUAUCGCCUACCCUGCAGGUUUGAGUUACAUGAACUGAUCCAUUUUUAAAUUAUCGGCAACAUCAGUUUCUUGCUUCUGUGACCUUUGACUCUUACUCUCAUCAUAUCACACUGCAAAUUUAAGUUAAAUAGACUAAUCCCUUAUCAAGUUAUCGUCAAAUUCUGUUUCUGACCCCAGUGACCUUUGACCCUUGCUCUGAUCAUAUCGCCUACCCUGCAGGUUUGAGUUACAUGAACUAAUCCAUUUUUAAAUGAUCGGCAACAUCAGUUUCUUGCUUCUGUGACCUUUGACUCUUACUCUCAUCAUAUCACACUGCAAAUUUAAGUUAAAUAGACUAAUUCCUUAUCAAGUUAUCGCCAAAUUCUGUUUGUGACCCCAAUGACCUUUGCCCCAUCAUAUCACAUAUUCUGCAAAUUUAAGUUUAAUAGCAUUCUUCCUUAUCAAGUUAUCACCAAAUUGUUUCUAAGCUCUGUGACCUUUGACCCCUAUUUUCAUCUUAUCACCUACCCUGCAAAUUUGAGUUGGACUAAUCCGCCAUCGAAGUAUCGACAAAUUCUGUUUCUGACCCCUGUGACCUUUGACCCUUACUAUUCUCAUCAUAUCCCCUACUCUGCAAACUUGAGUUAACUUGAUGACGGAUUAGCCUAUUUAUCGCCAAAUUCAGUUUCUGACCCCUCUGACCUUUGACCCUUACCUUCAUCACAUGACCUACCCUGUAAAGUUUAAUAGGCUAAUCCGUUAUCACCAAAUAAUAUAUAUAUGUAAAAUAUAAUCACCAAAUUUUUUUAUGAACUCUUUGACCUUUGACCUCAUCACCCUACAAUUUAAUCCCCACUUCCAGACAUAUCCUGCCAGUCAGAUCAUUACCCCUUUAUUCAUUCUUGAGUUAUCGUGAAAUUAUGUUUCUGACAUGUAUGACCUUUGACCUCUUGAUCGUUGUAUACAUCAUAGCAGUUAACUCAUUACGAGCCAUCGGCAAUGAUAGACGUCUGAUUCAUUUACAAUAAGAGGACUGGCUAAUAUUUUAGUGCCAUUGACUGGCAAAGUCAACAUGGAUUGGACAUCUAUCACCGUCAAUGGCAGCCAAAGAGUUUCUUUCAAGGUAGUAUUAUGGUGCCUGUUAUGCCCCCUGCGACAACCCAGGAAAAUAGUCAACAUUCAUUUAACAAGUUUGAUUGUAACUACAGUUGUCCGUUAAUGACUUUUUAACCAAUAACCGAUGUCCCGAUAUUGUCCAACCCCAAAAAUCCGUUACUAAUAUCAAACCGAUACCGAUAUCUGCGGUCGUAGCCUUAACAUAUUAUAGCUAAUUGUAUUGUGAUGCCCACUCGAUGCUUUGAUCAGGAUAAUGCUCAUGUCACAAAUCCAAAGCAUCUUAGUUUGGAUGCAUCUAAGAGAAGAAGCAUAACUGCUGAGCUGAGCUGUGACCAGCCCUUGUACAAAGGCUUCUACAUUCACUUUGAAGACAAUGUGCAUAUUGGCCAAAAAAACGAUCAUGAAAAACCAAUGUGAAUAUCACCCGAUAUCAUUUUAACAUGCUUUUAUCGGUCGGACAACUCUAAUCGUAUCGCGUUAUCACAAAAUUCCUUAUCUGACCUCUGUGACCUUUGACCUCAUUACCCCAAAUUUAAUAAUCUCUUCUGUUUUAUAAUACAAAUAUAUCCUAAAAGUUUCAUAACAACCCUUUCAUUCAUUUUUGAGUUACCUUGAACACAGAGAAAAACAUACAAACCUCUGUGACCUUUGACCUCACUACCCCAAAUGAAUCACCUCUCCAUUACUAUUUUUUUUUUUCAAUUUCAUAGUAUUUAACCCCUUACCUGCCAUUGACUUCCAUGUCAUUUAAACUGGCUAAAUUGGCUAAUGUCUCAGUGCAAUUGACAGCACUAGACGUCCAAGUCAAAAUGGAUUGGACGUCUCACGCCGUCACUGGCAGCCUAAGCGUUCAACAAGUGCCCUAUAAAGGGUUAUGUGCGAUAGAACUGCGGUAUUGACUGACAGAAUCCUGUAGGUGGGGAUAUUGAGCAGAACACAACAGUAGGAAACGAUGUCGCAUUCAUAUCUCAGGAUGACCGUGUACAAUUCAUCACCCACCAAUGAAACCAGCAGCGAUGAAAUUCAACAGGGUGCUACAGCGCAAACGGUUAGAAUGAUGGGAUGAAUGACUAACCGGUGAGUGAUCUUUACGGAAAAUGUUCAAACCAUAUAUCGCUUUGUCCCUUUAUUACAAUAGCCAAGUAGACAGGUAGUUCACGCAAUACGGUCUGCGAUCCGCACAAGUAAUAUGCAAAAGAUCACAAUGUUUGUGGCAAUAAUGUAUGCGCUUACUACAUCGUACCACACCGUAGGAUUUGCAGUACACAUGCUUAGGCGCUGUAUAUCAUGUGUUUGUCACGUGUUUGAGGUGUAAAAUGUAUCACGGCUUUGUUAUUGACAUUUUUGUACGACCAAUGAUCACAGUUGAGAAGUACGUACGAAGUAUACUUGAAUGCAGAGGUGGGUAGAUUGGCCAAAAAUUACUCUGGUAAGAGGAGCGGUAGUGCAAAAUAAUAUUGAAUGUAGUCAUCCAAAAAAAUGUACAUAGUACCAGCAAAAAAGUAUUCGGUGAACAGAAAACUCAAGUCAUGAGUAACGUUAUGUGUAACUGCUGACAAUGUCUGAUAUUGUUUUUUAACAUCCAUCCAUCAUCCAGAGGCGUCACGUCCCAUUAGGCAAACCAGGCAAUUGCCUAGGGCCCUCAGCCAGCAGGGGGCCCCAGAGGGCCAACAGAUUUAGCACACGCAGCUUUACUGCACUGUCGCAGCGACAAGUGUAGGGAGUUUUUCAAUACCAUGGAAUUCGUCAAAACCUUUCUUUUAUCCCAGGCAAUAGUAGGUGGUUUUAUUUACCUGACAUGUUUCUGCGAGCACUUCCGCCUUCGUCAGAGGGUCACUAUCAGCUGAUGGAUGAAGGCGUGACCAGUGUUGUUAAUCUUACUGAAAAAAAGUAAAAUAAUUAUAGGUACAAACUACUUCUCCCAAAAAGUAAUCGCGUUAGUAACUCAAUUACCUGAAUGUAAGAGUAAUUAGUUACUGAGCAGAGUAAUUGGUGAUAAUUACUUUUUUUUUUCCCUCAAAAAAAAAAAAAAA